AGAACGUUUGGGUUGCAAAAGUUUUAAAUGGUAUCUGGACAAUGUCUAUCCUGAACUUUUCAUACCCGGUGAAUCGGUAGCCUAUGGCGAGAUUGCCAAUAUCGAAACCGAUAUGUGUCUCGAUUCAGCCGCCAAACCGGACGACAUGCAAGGUGCCGUUGAUCCUUACAAAUGUCACGGUCAGGGUGGAAAUCAGUACUGGAUGCUGAGUAAGGCAGGUGAAAUUCGCCGUGAUGAAGCCUGUCUUGAUUAUGCUGGACAUGAUGUUAUGCUGUAUCCUUGCCAUGGCUCCAAAGGAAAUCAGUUCUGGACAUUCAACAAUGAAACAAAACAAAUCCGCCAUGGCUCAUCGGACAAGUGUUUGGCGAUUAAUGAAAAACGUGAUAAAAUCGUUAUGGAAGAGUGUAAUGGUGGCCAGCUGCGUCAACAAUGGCGUUUGGAAAAUUACGACCCAUCGAAAUUGUGAGGUUACUUUUUUGGGAAUGGUACCCAAUUUAUACCAACCUCACUGAUGCAGCAGCACAAUAGUAACUAUGGCCAAUGGAAAUAGCAAAAAUUGAAAACCCGCAA